AUGGGCUGCGGACCUUCCCGGGCUGCUGAGGACCAGAGACGCGUGCCGGCGCCCAGGAAGGGCUGGGAAGAGGGAUUUAAGGCUGAUGUCGGUGGGACUCAUUCCGGGGAGGACAGCAGGCCCCAGAGUGAAGCUGAACUAUCCAAGGACACCUUGGGCAGCCCCGACAGCCUGGAGAACCAGGCUCCGCUGGGAAGCUUACCUGGAACCAUCCCAGAAAGUCCCCCAGCUCUUAGUGAAAGAAACAGAAGAAUAAAUUCAGACCUAGUGACCGGAUUAAUCCAUAAACCCCAACCCCUAGAGAGCCGAGAGCGACAAAAGUCAUCAGACAUUCUGGAGGAAUUAAUUGUUCAAGGAAUAAUACAAAGCCACAGCAAAGUAUUUGGAAAUGGAGAAUCCUAUGAUGUCAUGGUAAACACGACGCCGCUGAGAAAGCUGCCAGCCAGGCUGAAAAAGCUUAAGCUCAAAAAGGAAGCAAAAGCAUUCACAAUGAACGACCUGGAAGAGAAGAUGCAGGCGGUGGAGAGGCGCAGGAAGACUAAAGAAGAAGACAUAAGGAAAAGGCUGAGGAGCCACCGACUUUUGGCCAAUCAUCCGGAUGCAGCGGAACCGGUUGGGGCUGAGGUUCCCUCUGCCAAAGGACUCGACACUGUGACCUCUGCCGAGUUUGAGCCGGCCCACCUGCAGGGAGCAAAGCCUCUGAAGAGGAAGAAGAACAAUGCAACCUCUAAUGAAAAAAACUUCAGUUAUGAAGGACUUGGGGUGGUGGAGUCAGACUGGUCCUACAACCAAGCGGAUGAUGCAUUUGAAUAAAGCCACCUCACCCGAAUUUCGUGAAAAGGCGCCCGUUCUCCCUGGUUGUGACCAUCUUAGUCUGUCGCGUGUUUUUCCUGGUGGCCUGAUCUCCCCCCACUGGGACGCGCCGUGGGUGGGGGAAUGAUUAUGUAAGCGGCAGGGCUGAUCUGAGUAAAUGGAAUGCCGCUGCUAGCGAAAGGGGAAAAAACCAAGAAGAUUUGACUAGCUUCCAGAUGAUAGAGUUGGCAUUCUCCUCCAGUGUGACUUCAAACAUCGUGAAGAUGUCUUUAUGGAUCCUUCCCAGCUUACAUCAAUGUACCAGA